CUCAUAUCCCUAGCAAAAGAUUGCUUCUCGAAGCCAGGCACGGCGAUUACGCAUCUUUAAAUCCUUUACCAAGCAGCCUCAAAUACAACUUGGAUUCACAGCCAUGAGCACGUCAACUCGCCAGCCAGCUUGUGGACAAUGACAAUGUAUACACUGUAAUGUAAUUUGUUGUGCCAUGAUGUGACAGUGAGUACUGUUAAAGCAGCGUGAUUCACGUCUGGAAAGGGCGUCGCAUAGAAAUGGGCAGGCUUGGCGGCGGGAUGCAUCUUCAUCUUUUUUUGCUUUUGGGCCUCGCUGGCAAAACGACUUGGACAACACCAGCCUUUUCACCUACCACAACCCUGCUCAGAACCGUUUAAAUUCGCUAAAACACCGACUUCAGUACACUUUCCAGAGUCAAGAUGGGUUUCACCGACUUUGUCUCCGACAGCGGCCUUACGUUGCUCAACAACUGGCUCCGAACUCGCUCAUACAUCUCUGGCUUCCAGCCAACUCAGGCCGAUGUUGUCUCCUUCAAGGCUUUGGACAAGGCCCCCGCCGUUGAGAAGUACCCCCACGCCUACCGCUGGUACAACCACAUCAAGUCAUACGAAGCCGACUUCUCCACGCUGCCUGGCGACCCAUCCAAGCCAUUCACCACCUACGGACCUGAGGCAGUUGCCGUGACCCAGAACCCCAAGGAUGCCCCCGAGGCCGAAGAUGAUGAUGUCGACCUGUUCGGCUCCGAGUCAGAGGAGGAAGACCCAGAAGUCGUGGCCGAGCGUGAGAAGAGAUUGGCCGAGUACCGCAAGAAGAAGGAGGGCAAGGCCAAGCCCGCCGCCAAAUCCAUUGUCACCCUCGAUGUCAAGCCGUGGGAUGACGAGACCAAUAUGGACGAGUUGGUGCAGAACGUUUUGGCCAUCGAGAUGGAUGGUCUUGUCUGGGGUGCUCACAAGUUGGUGCCGGUUGGCUUUGGUAUCAAGAAGCUUCAGAUCAACUUGGUUGUUGAGGACGAGAAGGUUUCCCUCGAUGAGUUGCAGCAAAAGAUCGAGGAGGACGAGGACCAUGUCCAGUCCACUGAUGUCGUGGCCAUGCAAAAGUUGUAAGCCUUCACAACUAGAGGAAGGCAAUCGAGUUAGGGCGCAGCUUUGCUUUGCGCAGAAAGUCUUUGGCUCGAGAAAUCGAUGCUGUGCUGCACUGCGCGCUCCUUUGCUUACGAUAGAUGAAAGACGAAGAUGAUUGAAACGUCCAAAUCAUAAGCCUCACAUCAACUUCUGCCCUGUCCCGUCAGCCUGACGACGUACAAGAUUGUACUGGUACAGAUACAUUGUAGAUGUAUUAUUGCAUAGUAGCUUUAUCUUCCGA